AAUGGCAAGGGCAAGGGCAGGCUUUGGCUCUAGUGUCAGGUGUUGAAUAGAAAUGAAAUGAAAGGAAAAUACUUUGCCAGCAGCUUGGAGCUUCAUUCAAUAAAUAGUUCUGCUCUCUGUCUGGAUUGAUUGGGGAUAAUGGAGAAGCUGUUGGAGCGCGACUUCUUUGACUUGAAGGAUGUUGAAGAUGGGGGGGACAGCACCAGCUGCCCGAAGCAACAGGAGCAGAUGCCGAACUCGAAGUUCCACGAUCAGGAGAGCUUGGCCCAGCAGAAGCUGGAUGAGGGGCAGAUGCGUUGGGUCGGAGGUGACUUGGAGGAGCAGCUGCAGCAGGCGUUCCAGGAGACGCACGAGCACUCGCAGCAGCAGCAGACGAAAGACAAGAAGCAAUUGGAGGGCGAGCUGCAGCAGACAGUCGCAGAGUGCCAGCGGCUGAAGGAUCAGCUGUAUGGCAAACAGUGGGAAUUCGAGAAGAUGACGAAGCGAUACAACGCCUUGGAGUCGGACUUUGAGGCGACUUUGCUGAAGAACAAUGCGCGGAUACGGGAGCUGAAGGGUUCGCUCGAUUUGGCACAGGAUCGAUGCGAUGAAGUGCAGCAGGAGAACGAGCGAGAACUGGAGGAUAUUAAGCAGCUGAACACCAAGAUCCUGGCCAUGGAGCACACCAAUGAAAUGCUGAUGACUCACUUUGAGGGCGCUCGGCUUGAGCUCAGCUCGAUCAGUGAUCUUCUGCUGCUGAGUGAGAAUCAGCAGCCGCCGGACAGGUCCCUCAGUCAACAGGUGUUGCAACGAACUCUGGAGAGUCUCCAAGCCAUGACGGAGGACUUUGAGCCGCUUCGGCAGCAGCUGCUGGAAGAGCGAAACAAAGAGCUGGGCAAACUUAUCGUCCUGAAGGCAGACAAGUCGCGACUGGAGCAACGGCUGGCAAGUAUGCAGAAGGAGCUGGCACAGAAGGACAAAAAUUAUGCGAUGCUGGAGGAGCAGAUUCAACCGCUGAUCGAUGAACGGAAUGCCCUGAAGGAGCAGCGCCAGAAGAGCGACAAGAGCCGGAAGCGAGUACAGUUGGAGCUGCAACGACUGAGCGCGGACAGGGAGAAUCUCAAAGAGAAGUUUGACCAGCUGAAGGAGGAGAACUGUCGACUGGCCACCAAGCGGGACCCGUCGGAUGCUCUCCGGCUGGAGCUGCAACGCACUCAAGAGUUGUUGGACGAAGCACAAAUGGAGGUGGAGCGACUUUCCAAGCUGCAGUUGGUGGAGAAGAAUUCCGAGCAGCUGAUCGAACGGCUGCAGCGGGAGAACCACAGCCUGCAGUUGGAGCUGCAGUCGCUGCAGCGAUCGGCAUCGGAGAAGGAGGAGGAGGAGGAGGAGGUCUCAGCCAACUGCAGCAACUGCGUGGAGAAGUUGAAUGAAAUUCGCAAGCUGCAGAAGAUCAACAAGCGGCAGGGGAAACUCCUGAAGGAAACCAAGCCGGACAAAGCUUCCAUGCGGCAGGAGAACCUACUCACGGACUUCAAGGGCAAGGCCGAGCAGUUCAAGGCGUACAUCCGGGCCGAGUGUCCAACUCAGUCUGCCCAGCAGUGUAGCGAACAGCUGGAGCAGCAGAAAUAUUGCGAGCGCUUGGCGGAGCAGGAGAACAUUUUCCACGCACAGCUGCAGCAGGCAGAGGAGAAGUAUCAGAGUCUGCUGAGCAGCUACGAGGAGGUGUGCGGUGAAAUUGUGCAGCUGAAGCAGACCAUUGUGGGGGACCGCGAAAAGAUAGCAAAAGUUGUGCGUGCUAAGAACUCCGAACUGAACGCAUUGAUGAGCAAGUGCCGCGAUAAAGAGCAAUGCAUUGACGACCUGAAGCGCGGCUUCGACGAAGCGUACACGAACAUCGGCUCCGAGCGGCAGUCGAUGAAGAGAGUGCUGGCCCAGUGGGAGGCGCAAAAGGGGGAUAUCAAGCAGGUGGAGAAGCACUGGCAGAAGCAGAUGAGCGCGAUGCAGCGCAAGCAUGAUCAGGCCAUGGAUUCCAUGAAUCAGCGUUACCAGACCGCCAUGCAGAAAGAAAUCAACUGCAAGCUCUAUGCGGAGGACAAGGCCACAGAGUACCUGGCAUCGCUGGACGAGAUGAAGGCUACCAUGGAUUCCAUGAAUGAGCGUUACCAGACCGCCAUGCAGACAGCAAACAACUACAAGCUCUAUGCGGAGGACAAGGCCGCAGAGUACCAGGAAUUGCUGGCCAAGUUGAAAGCUACCAGGAAGCAUCGUCAGCCCAGAGAGCAGCGACAGUAGAGAGCAAUAGGAGUAGCAGUAGUAGA